AUGGAAGGAGUACCCUCUCCUCUCCAGAUAGGCUCCCCUACCACCAGACGACCCUCCGAACCAUCUAUACCUACUGCCCUCCGCGUAGGUUCUCCGGCAAUUGGUGGAACCCCGCCUUCCCAUGCUCGACCACCACUUGCACGCAAGACCACCUCAGGGAGCUCAAAUAGGCUUUCGCAGCUCUUUCCGUCCCGUCCUUCCUCGGUAGCGUCAAGUACACCCCCCGAGAGUAUACCAGCAUCAAGACGCACGUCGUAUCCCUCGCCUCUUGUACCAGCCGCAGAGCCCUCCUACCGUACACCUCGCGCCCCGCCACGUCCAUCAUUCGCGGAGGACACUUCGUAUAACCCAUCUGCAAAUGCAUUCAGUCAGCAAGGCGCUUCGCCGUCGUUACAGAGCAACAGUGGGACAAAAAGGUUGUUGAGCCGGCUUACAUCACUGCGCAACGGAGGCUCUAAAGGUGGAAACUACAAUAGGCUGGACGAUGUGGAGUCAGGAUCCUCUAAGGCGCGGUUGCGGGGUGUCGAAGAGGCGGAUGAAGCGGUAGGCUACGAUCUGAGUGGGCUGGAUGGCACGCCGAUGAAGAAAUUCGAGCCUCCAAAACAGAAAGCUAGCGCAACAGAUGCGAUGGAGCGGGAACGACAUAUGAGCGAGGCUGGCCUUGCAGCCGAGUUCGAAAGCUUCGAGGCAGGAAUUGGAGCCGGCAUGACCUCGAUCCUUCAGAAGCCUUUUACACAUACCCCGACUCAGCCAUUGCAAGGAACGAACGCUGGUCACAGGCGCGGGUUGUCGGCCUCGGAGAUAGUCAAUGCUCAGGCCAAAGAUGCGCAAAAGGAAGCCGAGAAAACAGGCGACAUUGUUGCUAUUGCGGAUAUCCCUGUCGACAUUAGUGACUUUGCUGCGGGCAACGAUUUUGACGCCCGAAGUAUCAUGACGACCGAUACAGGUCUGGCCAAGGAUGAAGCGCAGACCAGUUACUUCUUCCCACCUGACCCGGAACAGCCCGCAUGGCGACCUUUUACAAUGGGCUGGCCGUGGAUAUUCCUACUUAUUGUCGUUGCGCUUAGCCUUGCUGGCCUACAGGAAUUCUUGUGUCAGGUAUCAAUGAAGAGAGUCAGAGAUGAUCCAGAGGGUGGACUGGUACAGUUCAAGAAGGCUGGCGACCUGACGGUGACUGCAUACUUCACAUGGCAGUAUGCGCCCAUCAUUUUCUUCGUUUUAUAUGGAAUACUUUGGCAGAUGACAGAUUUCGAAGUCAAACGACUAGAACCCUUCUACCAGCUAUCGAAGAAAACAGGCGCAACUGCCGGAGAAUCACUCAACAUGGAUUACCUCACCUUCAUGUCUUGGCUGGUACCGCUGAGGGCUCUUCGACACAAGCAGUUUGCCGUCAUUUACAGCUCCGUGGGCACGUUGGUUGCUAGCAGCCUUGUCCCGGUGCUGCAGUCGGCCUCCAUCAACAUGUAUCCACCGAAGAGUCAGCGCAAAACCGACGGGUGGAAAUCUGUACGUAUCGAUCCGCCAUGGUCGAGGGCUGUCUCGGCGUGCUUGGUCUUUGUUGCAUUCUGCGGCGCGGCACUGAUGUACGCUAUGCGACGAAAUAGCGGUCUGCAAUCCGAUCCUAAAGGCAUCGCUGGUAUCGCAGCCAUGGCUACCAAAAGUCACAUUCUUGCAGAUUUUCGCGGACUGGACACGGCGCCGCUCAACAAGAUCCAUAAGCAACUACGGCAUCGCAGGUUCAUCCUACACAAGAGCUCCCUAUGGCAGGGUGAAUAUAUCCGCAACAGCAAAGACAAGAUUCACGAACAUGGUACGGAUCCGCGACCCCUUAUGAUGAAGCUGAGAUCUGGUGUACCCUUUAUCGCGUUUAUCGUCGCCUUCAUGGCUUCAGUACCAGUCUUCAUGUUUGUUGAAUCUACAAGUAUCGUUACAGAAAAGCUACCCUUUCUCAUGACGGGCCUGGCCACAAUUAUCAAGAUCCUCUGGAACACUAUGAAUUGCGACAUCCGCAUGCUGCAGCCCUUCUUCAUCCUUGCAAAGCGGCAUGCUCCAGCAAAGACUCUCACACUUGAUUACGCCGGCACAAAUCCUCUCUUCCUUCCCUUCAAAGCGAUGCUCAACGGCCAUUAUCUCGUCAUGCUCGUUGCAUUUGGCUCCAUCCUUGCUGAGGUUCUCACCGUUUGCGUAUCUUCUAUUAAUGUUGACGGAACGAAAUUCGUGCCAGGCCACGGCGGCGAAAACGUCAAGUCCGAAGACGACGCAGAUGACCGCUACAACACCGAACAAACCUUUCGCUCCUUCUGGUCCUCUUUCGCGCUCACCAUGCUCAUCCUCCUCUACCUCAUCAUUAUUGCCAUCCUCGCUUAUGUUAAGCGCUCUCACAAAUUCAUGCCUCGCCAAAUUGGCACCAUGGCGAGCGUCCUCGCUUUUAUCCAUCAAAGUAAGAUGCUGGUGAGCUUCGUGGACACGGAGAUGUUUGAUAGCAGCAAGAUGACGAAGCACCUGGAGAAGAGUGGGAAGACAUACGCGCUAGGGUGGUUUAGUGGUAGAGACGGAGAUGAUCACUUGGGAAUUGACGAGGAGGAGAUUCUGAGCGAGUACAAAUAUGGUUUCGACUGGACGGACAGUCGGUUGCGUCCGGGGCAAGUUGGCAUGUGGGAGCAUUACUGA